ACCACUGAUGUGUACGUUCGUUUUGGCAUUUGUCGUUUUGCCGACGCAUUUUUUUCAAGCCACUUUUACGCGCCGCGUACGUUAAAAAUUGUAUGCCACACUGAGGCGCGUGCUUGCCACGGUAACGGUGACAAUUAUCAGUGCAAUUAAAUACUGUUACUUCCAUGGGUAGCGUAGGAGUGUAUGUACAUAAUUUCAUUUGAAUAUGAGUGUCCAUUGCCUAUAACAUUGGCGUUGCACGAAUUAAUAUAACAAAAACAAAAAAUGUGUUUUAACGCGCCUACGAAAAAUCGAAGAUGUGUAAACAUAAAAGCUCAAAUACAAUUGUGCUAAUUUGAACAUAAAAACGUUUCCGCAACUAAAUAAAAGUCCUCAUAUAAUUACAUAAGUUCCUUUUCCUGCAUUCCCGCGUGUGUUAGCCACCGCCGAGCAUGAUGCGUUCCGGCAGUCCACUUGCGCGCCCCGCCAGUCCGGCUGUCUCUGAGAUUUCAGUAGGCUCUCCGAGCCCGCCAUUGCACAGUGCUCCUAAUGAUCUAAGUCAACUCAACAGUCUCACCGCCUUCCGGCCGUUAAGUAUGAAACGCGCGCGAUUGUCUGAAGCGCGCUUGCAAAGCGAAGCGACAACCGCAGCAUGCGGCGUUGAGUUAGGCAACCGCCUACCGUCACAGGCUCCGCAACGGCGCAAAUCCAGCGCGGAGCGUGUUAAAAGCUUUUCAAUUGUUGAUAUUUUGGGUAAACGCAAUACUUCCGUGCGCUCGCCAUCACCACGAUCGAUCUCGCCGCAAUCGCCAACCUCACCAGCACAAACACCACAGCCUCUAAAACCGGCAAGUGACACUACCGGCCUAGUUGAAUCCGCACAAAUUCCGCUUCAGCCACGUCCGCAAGUCGUACCACCGCCUGUCACGCUGUUACCUGCACAAGUCCUAAGCGAACGCCUGGGCUCCACUGUAGCGCCACUAGUCAUGUCACCAUCACAGCUAUUGCUCGACGCGCAUGGUUUUCCGAAGUCAUCGGCGCACGCUUGGCAAGCGAUGCGCGGCGCUGCUGCUGCCAUGCCGUUGCGCCCCUUUCUACCGCCCGCGCUGCUGCAUUACGAACAGCGUCUCGCUUGGGAUUACCAGCGACAAUUGCAGGAACACUUCCAAGCGCAGGCACAACUCUUGCGUCAAAUGAGUUUGGACCCGUCAAUUAUUCCUUCGGAAGAUGGCUCGGAACGUUCACAUUCCAGUUCGACCGGCAGUGAUUGCUGUUCGCCUGGCUUGAAUGCUGUGCCAGCCACCGCUGAUGGUGCAGCGGCGACGGCUGAUAGACAAGGCGGGGAAAAAAUAGGUCAAGCUGAGGUAGAAGGCAAUGACUCACGAAAGGGGGCCGAUGCGAAUGCGGUUGGGAAGGCAAAAAAGGCUGCUGGUGAUACGCCGUUGGAUGCACUCUUUCAGCUGUCAACCAAAAAUUUUGACGAUGGUACAGGUAAGUUUUCGGAAAAAGUUUGUACUUGUACUCACAAUUGUGGUUGGAAUAGUGCUACACUAACACAGGCGAACGAUAUUAGAUACCUGAAUAACUAUGAGACUCAACAGGACCAACGCUAA